AUGGGCAUCAUCAUACGCCCUAUCGCUGCGGAAGAUAUCCCUUCGACGGUGGAGUGCAUCCAACUCGCAUUUGCCGACGAUCCGUAUCAUCUGUGGGCCUUUGAUGCUGCGAAGUUCAACAAAGAGCGCAACUUUGCUAGUCUCGAGGCAAAAUGUGAGUGGGGGAUGCGCAAUGCAUUAUUCUUUGUGGCCAAGGAUCCAGAUGACAAGGAUGGUAGAGUGCUAGGAGUCAGCAUGUGGAUGAAGCCCAGGAAGGUCAAUCAGAAGCAGACCUGGUCCGAGUGGAUCGACGACUACAUCCUCUGGUUCAAGCAAGGGUGGAAUCUCUUCAGGUUCCAAGGACGUGGCGGGUUGAGGACGAAUCGAUAUUGGAUCUGGAAGCGCGAGCAGGCCAUUGCUCAGUCAGAAAUCUGGACCGACCCCGAGGGUUACUACUUCUGCAACAUUGUCACUGUCAGGCCCGGCAUUCAAGGCAAAGGGAUUGGCCGCCAGCUCUUCGAGACCGUCACUGACAUGGCCGACAAGGAAGGGCGCCGAUGCUAUCUUGAAUCUUCCAAGGAGAAGCCCAACAUUGCAAUCUACGAGAAGAUGGGCUUUCGGCUUGCCCGAAAGAUGGUGUGCGAGGAAGGAGGCGAGGUCUGCGACCUCUUCUGCAUGGUCAGAGAACCACAAUCCAAGCCGUGA